AUGGUCUUUUCUUUCCUUUACCAAUGGGCUGCGCGCCCCGAUUCACCCAAAUCCUUGCUCGACGCGCUAGACGAUCUGCUCUCGAGCUACACCAACCGCGGGUUCACCGACGAAGCCACCAAGCUUCACAAUAUCGUGGAAGAUGCUAAGACGAAAGACACCGCUGACGAUCGGGCUCUGCUGGACAAUCUCAGCACCUUGGUCAAAAUCUAUCUCGACGGCGCCCGGUGGGUAGCGGCUCUCGAUCUGGCGCAGCUUGUGCUGGACGCACGGAUGACUCUCUCGGGCGAAACCGAUCCCGCGACCCUGACAGCUAUGAGUAAUGUGGCCUCCGCGUACUGGGGCCAAGGGCGCUGGGAAGAGGCCGCCGAGACCGGGAGCCGCGUCGUAGAGCUGCGACGCAGGACCCUGGGAGCAGAACAUCCGCAGACGCUGAUCUCCAUGGCGAAUCUCGCAUCGACAUAUAGCCGUCAGGGCCGGUGGAAGGAAGCAGAACGACUGCAUGUGACGGUAUUGGAAGCGCGGAUGCGGACACUUGGACUCGACCACGCCUCUACGAUGACGUCCAUGGGCAACCUCGCCGUCACAUAUGGGAACCUCGGUCGGUACGCGGAGGCGGAACGACUGGAGCAGCGGUUGAUAGAACUCGGCGAGACGAGGCUCGGUGCGACGGACAACUCCACUCUGACAUGGAAGUCCAAUCUGGCAGAAACGUACCGCGAACAAGGCCGACUAGCCAAAGCAGAGAGUCUACAGCUUUCGGUUCUGGACGCAAGAGAGCAACGGCUGGGGUCCGACCAUCCGUUGACUCUGACGUCGAUGGCUAAUCUAGCGGCCACGUAUCGACAGCAGGAUCGGUGGGAGGAAGCCGAACGUCUGGAGAAAAGAGUGGUAGAGGUCAGCGAGGCGGUCCUAGGGAGGGAUCAUCCGCAGACCCUCAUGGCCGUCGGAAAUCUGGCCUCGACCCACCGUGGCCAAGGCCGGCUGCAGAGUGCCAUCGAACUUGGCACCAGAGUCGUGGAAACGAUGCAAGCCCGUCUCGGAGCUCACCAUCCAUACACGCUGACAGCGAUGGCGGAUCUGGCAGUGACUUAUCAGCGUCAAGGCCAGCUCAGCGAUGCAGAAGCCUUGGCUGCGGAGACCAUGACAGCAAUGCAGGCGACGCUGGGUCCAGACCAUCCGCACACUCUCACCGCCACCGCUAACCUGGGAAUGAUCUAUCAGUCUCAAGGCCGAUGGGAAGAUGCAGCAGCCUUGGCCGAAAGGGUGUAUGCAGGACGGGAGAAGGUGCUGGGCAAGGAGCACUUUGACACCAAGCUUGCCCUGGAAGACCUGAGACGGAUCUCUUGGGUAGAAGCGGCGGACGGGAGGAUGCAGUCGCCAACAGUUGCGUGUCGGCUGGAAGAAUAA